AUGGAGGUCGACGACGAUAUUGAGACACAAGAACAACAAACUAGCAGAAAGCUACAGAGAAUCUCCUCCGACGACAUGACCGGAAUGAGGAACUGGAACAAUCCGUCGUCCCGAAUCAUUAGGGUUUCUCGAGCUUCCGGUGGCAAAGACAGACACAGUAAAGUCUUGACCUCAAAAGGGCUAAGAGACCGGAGAAUCCGUCUCUCGGUCGCAACAGCGAUCCAGUUCUACGAUCUCCAAGACCGUCUCGGAUUCGAUCAGCCAAGCAAAGCCGUGGAAUGGCUAAUCAACGCAGCUUCCGAUUCAAUCUCCGAAUUACCUUCAAUCAACACAAAUUUCGACCAGACACUGUCACUGUCCAAAUCCGCUUGUAGUAGUGGAACAUCCGAGAGCUCGUUGUUGUCUUUGUCGAGGACAGAGAUUCGUGGGAAAGCUCGAGAGAGAGCUCGAGAGCGAACAGCUAAAGAGAAAGACAAAGAUUUGCAGAAUGCACAGAGCUCUUUCACUCAGCUUCUCACCGGUGGUUUCGACGAACCGAACCGAAAUUGGACCGGUGGUUCUGAUUGUUUCAACCCGGUUCAGCUUAUACCGAACUCCUCCUCCUCUCUCCCUCAGUUCAACAACAGCAAUCAUCGCCAAGAGACGUCGCUGAAUCAUCAAAAUCAGUUCUCCUUUGUACCGGAUUACAACUUUGGAAUCUCUUCUUCUGAUUCUCCCGGAGCAGCCGCCAUUAAUGGAGGUUGUUACAGUAGUAGGGGGACCCUUCAGUCCAAUUCACAAUCUCUAAGCUUUCUCAACAACAACAACAACAUUAAUCAAAGGUCGAUUUCUUCGUCGUCUUCUUCGUCUUCUCCAAUGGACAGUCAAAGCAUUUCCUUUUUCAUGGCUACACCUCCACCUCUUGACCAUCAUAGCCACCAGCUUCCGGCGGCUUUUGACGGCCGGUUAUAUCUCUAUUAUGGCGAAGGAAACCGGAGCUCCGAUGAUAAAGGAAAGGAUCGGAGAUAG